CAUUACUUUUUCGUCAAAUUAACUUAAGGGCUACUAAAUAACUGCGCAUUGCGAAGUGACUUACCACUAAUUAAAGGAGGACUUACUACAACAAAUCUUUUCUCUAGUAGUGAACAAAUUCUGACAGUUCUACCACACUUCACUUCCUUUCAUUCACAAACAAAAGUAGAAACUAACUUGGAGACGUCACUUAUGUCAAAUUUCAUAAACUAUUUUGAGAGCUUAUUUAAAUUUUAUGGGGAAUACAUGCGAUAUCAUGGGUUGCUCAUACAUUUCUCCGGACGCAAGUGAUCGUAAUAACAAUUACGCACUUUAAUUUCUUAUGAAGACGAAAUUAAAAACUUGCCAUUAAUAAUGCUGCAUGAUUUGACAAUUUCUAUUACUGAAGUUUUAAUCAAAAAUAAAAUUCAACCACUAACAGUAGUCAAUAGGUUAUGUCUCAAAACAGUAAGUUGAAUUUCUACUAGAUAGCACUACUACAGCAAAAGAAAAUAAUUAACUUUGCCCGGUAGGUGGCAUUGCUAUCGUCGGUUGUCAUUUGUUUUCUUUUUGCCUGUUGACAUCAACCGCAUUAUAUCAACAGGAUACUUUGUAGGUGUAAAGAAAUAUACUUCUGAUCAGAUAUGUCUGAUGUCGAAGAUGAUUUCAUGUGUGAAGAAGAAGAGGACUAUGGACUGGAAUAUUCAGAAGACAGUAAUUCCGAGCCAGAUGUAGACCUUGAAAAUCAGUAUUAUAAUUCAAAAGCUUUGAAAGAAGAUGAUCCAAAAGCUGCGUUGGCAUCAUUUCAAAAAGUUCUUGAUUUGGAAGGUGGAGAGAAGGGUGAAUGGGGUUUUAAAGCUUUAAAGCAAAUGAUUAAAAUAAAUUUUAAACUGGGUAAUUAUAAAGAAAUGAUGACAAGAUAUAAGCAACUUCUAACCUACAUUAAAAGUGCAGUUACAAGAAAUCACAGUGAGAAGUCAAUCAACUCAAUUUUGGAUUAUAUUUCCACAUCAAAAAAUAUGGAGUUACUUCAAGAUUUUUAUGAAACCACUCUUGAAGCCUUGAAAGAUGCCAAAAAUGAUAGACUGUGGUUCAAAACAAACACUAAACUUGGAAAGCUGUAUUUUGAUCGUAAUGAUUUCAAUAAACUUGCAAAAAUAUUGAAACAAUUGCAUCAGUCGUGUCAGACGGAUGAAGGAGAAGAUGAUUUGAAAAAGGGAACUCAGUUACUGGAAAUUUACGCUCUGGAAAUACAGAUGUAUACUGCACAGAAAAACAAUAAAAAACUGAAAACCCUUUAUGAGCAGUCUCUUCAUAUCAAAUCUGCUAUUCCACACCCUCUGAUUAUGGGUGUCAUUCGAGAAUGUGGAGGCAAAAUGCAUUUGCGGGAAGGAGAAUUCGAAAAAGCCCAUACUGAUUUCUUUGAAGCUUUUAAAAAUUAUGAUGAAUCUGGAAGUCCACGACGAACUACAUGCCUCAAAUAUUUGGUUCUGGCAAACAUGUUAAUGAAAUCGGGAAUAAAUCCAUUUGAUUCACAAGAGGCAAAACCUUAUAAAAAUGACCCUGAAAUUCUUGCUAUGACUAACCUUGUUUCAUCUUAUCAGAAUAAUGAUAUCAACGAAUUUGAAACUAUUUUGAAACAGAACAGGCGGAAUAUAAUGGAUGAUCCAUUUAUUCGAGAGCAUAUUGAAGAUUUGCUGCGUAACAUUCGAACACAAGUUCUUAUCAAGUUGAUAAAGCCUUAUACACGUAUUCAUAUUCCUUUCAUCUCUAAGGAGCUUAACAUCGAUGCAUGUGAAGUUGAGAGCUUGUUGGUAUCGUGUAUUUUAGACAGCACAAUUCGUGGUCGCAUUGACCAGGUAAAUCAAGUUCUGGAGUUGGACAAGCAGUCAUUAUGUGCAGCCCGUUACAAUGCUCUGGAUAAGUGGACCAGCCAGUUGGCCACCCUUCAUCUAGCUGUUGUGAACAAGAUGGCUUAAUAUCUGUUGUGUUGUCCCCCAAGGCCUACUCACAAUUACGGACUUAACUGCCCAUGAUGAUAAUUUAAGCAGCAAUUGCCAUGGUGCUUGGAAAGAGUGAACAUUUUCUUGUCCCCUCUGUCUUACAAUUUGGCUAUGAUAGAUCACAUGUGUAAAUUUUGCCUAAAAUGUUUAAUUUACUUUGGUAACUGUCCAGCACAAUGAACAGUUGUGCCUUUUUCCCUGGUUAUUGAUGAUAUUAGCUGUUAUAUUUUCACUAUUUGCUUAACCCUCAUGCUCACUAGUUUUGGAGGAGUAUCAAGAGGCAAGCAGCUAGAUGUGAAAUGCCCAAAACCAUCUGGAGAUGGUGGAACUGAAUUAUAUUAAUUUCAGCUGUUAUUACAAACAUUUCUGGUCAUGCCAAGAAAUUAAUAAAUAUUGUUUAACUUAUAGAAAGUAUCUUUUUAUGGUCUGAACCUUCCCAUCUUACCCUGUUAACCAGACAAAAAAAUUUUUUUUAACCUUUGACAUUUUCAAAAUUUC